CUCCGUUCUAUCCGCCGCCUCCCUCCGGAAGAAGGCGAGACCCCGCCCUCCAGGCAGGCGCUUCCGCUUCCGGCUCCAUCGCUGUUCCCGCCUCUUCGAAUCCGGUCGGAAAGAAAGAACGAACGAACGAAGGGAGGGCACCAAAGCCCGGCAGAGGAAGGAAGGAGUGAGUGAGAGAGAAGGUUUUGGCGGUGGUGGACGCCGCGGCUGGCGUCGUGAGGGAAAACGGAGAAUAAAGCCGCCGGUCUUCGCUUCCCUCAUCCCUGGUCGGCGCCUUUUAUCCUUCCGGAAUACUGAAGAGAUGCAGUAGCCAAGGCUGUGACCCAAACUGCUGAUAGCACUUUCUGUUCAUAUAGGAACCUGCUUUAUGCCAGGCACUUGUAAUUUUUCUCUUCUGAAUCAGUUAUGUGAGCUGUGGAGUAAUGGAUGAACCUGCUGAUUGUAUGAAGAUGGAUGCUGGAGAUUCACCGUCAGCUAAUCACUCUUCUGUAUUUAAGAAUUUUCCUCGACAACAAAAUGCGAUAUCUGGAGACCAGCUUCCAUUAUGUGACAGCAAGUUUUUAUCGAACAAGUUUGGCAAUUUGGAAACACCUUUCACUUGUCCAACUGGAAAUGCUUCUGCUAGUUUCACUUAUUGCUCAGAAUCUGCUUCCCCUGAGACCUCUCAAGCUGCAGGCACGCUGAGAACAUUUGGAACAAGUGCCAAUGGACAGUGGAAGAGUUCUGGUUCUCCCCUGGGUCCUUUUCCCCAGAAAACUAGACCAAGUCGCAGUGUGUAUUUUGAAACACGCAAAGGUUCAAGUGUGACAUCAAAUUCCUUUGUGGGAAGAUCAAACCACCACCACCAAGUUUCUGCUUAUGAAAAGUCUUUCCCAAUUAAGUCUGUUACAAGUUCAACAUGGAGUAUUCCAUGUCGUCGAAGCUUACUAAGUCCCAAAAAAUCUCAGAGGAGAUUCGUUAGCACUGUAGAAGAGACAGUUCGAGAAGAAGAAAAAGAAAUUUAUAGGCAGCUGAUUCAAAUGGUUACAGGAAAGAAACACUCUACUUCCAAAAACUCGUCACUGUUGUCUCUCCACCUACCCAGGUGUACACCUUCAAGCAAAAGCCUUGUGACGGAAGCCGAAAACAAGUACAGGAAACCCUUUGAUGCGUAUGGUCUCCCUCCAGGCAGCCCGUCCUCUGGCACUUUCAGGACUCAGGAGCAGCAUUCUCACAAACAUCUGCCACACCCAAUCCACAGUUUCCCCUCACAUGUUACCUUUGAACCCAAGGACACAAGCACGCCAGCUGAGCAAAAUAAUCGGCAUGCCCUGGAUGCACAGGCCGAAGGUUCUGACUCUGUCAUAAUGCUUAAUGGCAAAGAUGCACAGCCUCCAGCUCCAAGCACACCUUUUUUUGAGGCUGAAUUGUGGAUCAAAGAAUUAACCAGUGUAUAUGAUUUCCGAGCACGAGAGAGAUUGCGACAUAUAGAAGAGCAGAAGGCUUUGGCCUUACAGCUACAGAACCAGAGAUUACAGAAACAGGAGAUCUCAAUACCUGACUCAGUAGACUUACAUCUGCGUGUACCUCUUGAGAAAGAGAUUCCUGUUACGAUUGUUCCAGAGGACAACAAAGUGGAAGAUGGUGAAGAGCAGUUUCCUGACAUUACAGAGGAAAUGGAGAGAGAAAUAAAGAACGUAUUACGAAGUGGGAACCAGGAUGAGGUGCUGAGUGAAGCCUUCCGCUUAACUAUAACUAGAAAAGACAUUCAGACCCUUAACAAUCUCAAUUGGCUCAAUGAUGAGAUAAUUAACUUCUACAUGAAUAUGUUGAUGGAGAGAAGUAAACAGAAGGGCUUUCCAACUGUUCAUGCAUUUAACACAUUUUUCUUCACCAAGUUAAAAACUGCUGGGUAUGCCGCUGUGAAACGUUGGACUAAAAAAGUGGAUAUAUUUUCUGUAGACAUUCUGUUGGUUCCUGUUCAUCUGGGUGUCCACUGGUGCCUAGCAGUUAUUGACUUCAGGAAAAAAAACAUCACCUACUUUGAUUCAAUGGGUGGAUCUAACAGUGAAGCAUGCAGGAUACUGUUGCAGUACCUAAAGCAGGAAAGCUUGGAUAAAAAGCGAAAGGAAUUUGAUACGAAUGGCUGGAUGCUCUUUAGUAAAAGGAGCCAGGAGAUCCCUCAGCAGAUGAAUGGCAGUGACUGUGGGAUGUUUACCUGUAAAUAUGCUGACUGCAUUUCCAAAGACAAGCCAAUCAACUUCACUCAGCAACACAUGCCUUAUUUCCGAAAGCGGAUGGUCUGGGAGAUCCUUCAUCGCAAGCUGCUGUGAUUCCACAUCAAAUUCAGGACCCUACAGAGUGUUCGCCCUUCUUUGCCAUCUCCAACACCACUAGCAUGGCCUCCCCACUAAUGCUUACAAGACUCUAUGAAACAUUGUAUGACCUUUAGAAAACAAGAAAUCUUUUUCAUGGACCAGUGUGUUGGGCAGCCCUCUCGGAAGCACACAUUUUGUAUUUUUCAAGCCCUGGUUUUUUUACAAGUGAUAUUCAGACACACCAUGGAGUGCAGCUGUUCACCUUCAAGGACUUUUCAUUUCCUCUUUACUCUUUGCCAUGUUCAACGUGGUCAGCUGAUGCAAACCAUUUAAUACCUGCCAGGCUUCAGCUGAAGAGUGAGAGGUAUAAGCACUGUUUUUGCUAUGAGCUGGAGAAAAAAAAUUAAGUUUGCAGCACUUGGUAAAUAGGGUGCUACAUGUUGCAAUGUCUGCCGGUUGUCUUCCACAACAAAUGUGUCAAACGUAUGGAAGUAAAACAUGUAGGUAUACACCUUUGAGGAAAUCGACUUGGAUUGGGUUUACGGAAGUGUGUGCACACAUCUUUAUUUCUACUUGCUGCAGAUACCACAGAUGUUUCCUGCCGCACUCCUAAUACGUUGCAGUGCCCUUUGUUCUUGUAGGCAGAAGUGGAAUGGCCUGUGAAUAGAAGCUCUAAUAAACACCAGCAUAAGAGAAGCAGCCUGUUUUAUUUUCCACUGGAACAAUAACUUUUCCCCACUUUUGUUAGGGGACAGUGAAUAAUAGAUGAAUAGCCCUCUUGAGGUCCCAAUGACAUUCAAGCAAAGGACCGUCACACCUUUCAAAAACUUCUUUCCUGUGAAUCCAUCAUAGACUUUUUUCCCAACUAAAAUUUCUAAGCCAGACACACAGCAGUUGUAGAGUCUGUAUUGUCCUCAGAUGUUAGCUGUGAUUCCCAACAGCCAGUCUGAGAGAUGAGGAGCCGUAGUUCAUCGUCAACUGAAGGGCUACAGCUGUCCACCCCUGCAAUAGAACAAGGAGGGAGUGUUUAGCAGAGGGAUCCUUUGUGUUAGAUGCUUCUUCCAUAACUGCCUCUAGUUUGGCAACCUGAUUGUCUGAGAGUUGGCGGUAAGAGAAAAGAUUAGGCUGUGGGCUGCAGGGCACUUUGGGGGCCCCUGUGCAUUGUGGCCAAAUGAUUAGGAUUAGCCCAUAUUAAAGGCAGCAGUUUUUGUCCCCUAACUAUAUUAUCCAUCCAUUACCAGAAUGUAAGUAGUUAAUGGAAUUUAGAAGGGUUCUGUGUUGCCUUCUUGAUGCAGCAAAGGAUGUGCAAGCAAAAUAAGCAGCUGUAAGUUUCUUGGAUGUUCAUUUGACAGAGGAUGGGGCAAUUAGUUAUCAUCCACCUCUUUGUAGCAUUUAGGUACAAUAUGACUGUUUUGAUAAACUGUUUUUAUACUAUAUAAAUAUAUAUAUAUAAUAUAUUUAUAAGCCUUUCCCAAUGAUGCAAUGGUGAACCAAUGUCUAUCGGGGUUUGCAACUCUUCUCCUAUGCUCUGUUUUAGCCUCUACAGUUGACUCUGACUCCAUAUUUCAUUUUCUUUCCCUCAUGUUCUCUCCCUUUUGCUUCUGUUUUUAAUGCCCAUUAAUAAUGUGGCGAACAAGCUCCUAAAAAGAGAACCUUCCUUCUCAAAUCCUGCUUUUGUGUGGGUGCACAGAGUGACAGAGG